AUGAGAGCGCCAGAGGUGAUGGAAAUCGACCCGGCGACACCGGGUGAGGUCCAAGAUGCAGCCACCCAGACCCCCGAGCUGCUGGAGUUUCCGCAACCAAUUCAACGAGCUGCUUCCUCCUCAUCUACGAGCACCUUGAUGAGGGAAAGUACGGAACAGGAACCAGGAGCCAUUCCUGCUAUCAACGUGUCGGAAGCAGCAGCCCGGAUGCAGCCCGUGACGAUCGCGUCUGUGAACCGAUACCACGGACCCGGCUCCGACGAUGCGCAAGACUCUGCCUAUAGCGAGACACGUGCCGACUGGAUGGACUUCGGUGCGGAC